AUGAUACCAAUAUCAUUAACAAUUGAAUAUUUAUCUAUAGAAAAUAUUCAUUGUGAUUUAAAUGAUUUAUCACAUUUAUUUAAACAUACACAUCAUCUUAAAAAACUUUAUCAAAAUAUUGAAUACAAUUCUAACAAUGAACAACUUCAUAUCAUAUUUUCAUCAAUUAUUUCAUUAAAUUUAACUUUUGAAGGUUCAAAAUAUUCAAUUGAAAAUCUCUUGCAAAAAUUGCCUAAUUUAAUUUCUUUAACACUUCAAUUAUCACAUUGGUUUGUUCGAUGUGAUUGGUAUUCAUUAAAUAAUAUUCUUUAUACAUUACCUUAUACAUUUGAUGAAUUUAUUUAUUCAAAUAAAUAUCAAUCAAAAUCUAUUUGUUUUAAUAAUGGUGAUUAUUGGUUGUAUAAUCAUGUAAAUAAAAUAAUAUUUGAAAAUAAUUUUUAUCAAUAUCCUGCUCGAUUUUUAAAUAUUCGUCAUCUUGAUUUACAUUGUUCAUUGAAUGAAAAUAUUUUGUCAGCUCUUCUAAGAUUAGAUCGAUUACAUUCAUUGGAUACUGUCAUACGUAAUGAUUUUUCUUAUUCAUUAUUUGAAACAUUUAUUAAUCAAGCUCCUCAUCUAUACUCUUUAAGAUUGAAAUAUUUCAAUGAUUUACCGAUGGAAAUAUUUCGAAUAAAAACUAAAUCAAUUCAACGAAUUGAUUUAAUAGGCAAUUCUAUUUAUCAUAUUCGGUAUUUUAAUAGUAUUGAAUGUGAAAUUUUAUCCCAUUCAUUGCUUGAAAAACAAUGUAAAAUUCUUUUAAUUAAUGUAGAAAAUUGA